GCUGCGGGGACACGCGCACGCGCAGUGUGAGCGGGAGCGCGCAGUCUUGUUGCCGAGCUGACGGUUGGGCCGGAGUGAGCGCGAGAGAGGCUCGCGAGCGGGCGAUGGCGGCGCGGAAACGGGACGGCGGCCCCAACGUGCGCUUCCUGGAGGCCUCGGACACGGUGGCGCAGCUGGACAGCCUGAGGGCCUGGCUCGGCAAGGCCUACAAGAAGUGUGUGCAGGCAGAUUCACCUUCAAACAAGACGUUGGCUGGGCUUGUGGUGCAGCUGCUUCAGUUCCAGGAGGAUGCAUUCGGCAAACACGUGAAUAACGCGGCUUUAACAAAGCUCCCAGCAAAGUGCUUCCUUGACUUCAAACCUGGAGGAGCCCUGGGCCAUAUCCUUGGUGCUGCUUAUAAAUUCAAGAGUGAGCAGGGAUGGAGGAGAUUUGACCUGCAGAAUCCAUCCCGCAUGGAUCGCAAUGUGGAGAUGUUCAUGACUAUAGAGAAGACCCUUGUGCAGAAUAAUUGUCUAACCAGACCCACAAUCUACCUCAUGUCUGAUCUUGACCAGAAGCUGGCAAACAAGUUGAAAGAUAUUGUUAAAAGGCAUCAGGGAUCAGUUACUGAUGACAAAUCCAAAGCUUCCCACCUGAUCUACCCCAUCCCCAGCUCGUUGGACGAAGAGGAGUGGCUGAGACCCGUGAUGAAACGAGAAAAACAGGUUCUGGCACACUGGGGAAUGUAUCCAGACAGUUAUGAUACCUGGAUCGCUGCCAGUGAGAUCGAUGCUGAUAUUGAAGAUGCGCCAAUACCUGAAAGGCCGUGGAAGGUUCAUGCUAAAUGGAUCCUGGACACAGAUGUGUUCAAUGAGUGGAUGAACGAAGAGGAUUACGAGGUGGAUGAGAACAGGAAGCCUGUGUGUUAUCGGCAGCGCAUUCCCACCAGAACAGUGACUGAAGAGACGGUUCGGACACCAGAUCGGAAAGACAGGAAAGCUGCGGCGGGAGCCAAGAAAAGGAAACGUUCUCGCUCUCCGUCGCCCCCGCCCACCCCCAUGGAGUCCAGGAAAAAAGGCGGGAAAAAAGGGCAGCCCACAGCGUAUGUUAAGAGGAGGGGACAGAGAGAUGAGGAGGAACAGGAGGAUCUGACCAAAGAUCUGGAAGAUCCUACUCCUGUGCCCAACAUCGAGGAGGUGGUUUUACCCAAAAAUGUCAACCCCAAAAAGGACAGUGAGCACGCUCCUGUGAAAGGUGGGACCAUCGCUGAUCUGGAUGAGCAGGAGGAUGAUCCAUCGAGUGCAGGAGGAAAGGAGGACGAGGACACAGCGAAUGCCAAAGGUGAUCACGCUCGUCACGUGGACCAGAGUGAGGACAACGUCACAGAGCAGACUCAUCACAUCAUCAUCCCCAGCUACUCCGCCUGGUUUGACUAUAACAGUAUUCACGAGAUCGAGCGGCGAGCUUUACCAGAAUUCUUCAAUGGAAAGAAUAAAUCCAAGAGUCCAGAAAUUUAUUUGGCGUAUCGCAACUUCAUGAUUGACACGUACCGACUGAACCCUCAGGAGUAUCUGACCAGCACGUCCUGCCGCAGGAACCUGACCGGAGACGUCUGUGCUGUCAUGAGGGUACAUGCCUUCCUGGAGCAGUGGGGGCUGGUGAACUAUCAGGUAGAUGCUGACAGCCGACCCCUGCCGAUGGGCCCUCCGCCCACUCCUCACUUUAAUGUGCUGGCUGACACACCCUCAGGCCUGGUGCCCCUCCACCUCCGCACUCCCCAGAUAUCGGCCUCCCAGCAGAUGUUAAACUUCCCCGAGAAGCAGAAGGACAAGGCCGUGGACCUACAGAACUUCGGGCUGCGGACAGACAUGUAUUCCAGGAAGGGCACCAUAGUCAAGCAAAGCAAAGCGAGCGCCAGCAGAGACUGGACCGACCAGGAGACACUGCUGCUGCUGGAGGCCCUGGAGAUGUACAAGGACGACUGGAAUAAGGUGUCUGAGCACGUGGGGAGCCGCACUCAGGACGAGUGUAUCCUGAACUUUCUGCGGCUGCCCAUUGAGGACCCCUACCUGGAGGACACGGAGUGCUCGCUGGGCCCACUGGCCUUCCAGCCGGUGCCUUUCAGCCAGUCCGGCAACCCCGUCAUGAGCACCGUGGCCUUCCUGGCUUCCGUGGUGGAUCCCAGAGUGGCCGCCGCCGCCGCCAAGGCCGCCUUGGAGGAAUUCUCUCACGUGAGGGAGGAGGUGCCCGCAGAGCUGGUGGAAGCUCAUGUGAAGAAGGUCCAGGAGCUUGCGCGCUCCUCGGGUACAGUGGACCCCGGCUUCGGCCUGGAGACCAGCGGCAUUGCUGGCACCGCCCCCGAGGAACCUGAGAAGACAGCGGACCUGGAGGAGGAGAAAAUGGAUUCUCAAGAACCGGAAGGACGGGAAAUAGAAAAGGUGGAGACUAAGGAGGAAACAGACGCUGCCUCGGAGACGGUGGAGAAGGUUCCGGUUCCCUCUCCUAAAGAGCUUGGUGCGGAGAAGCCCAUGGACGCGGAGACCACCAGUGCCGAUAUUAAACCAGCUGUGACUGAGGAGAAGGACAAGGAGGAGAACAAGGAGAACAUUGAUGUGAACGGCCGGGACAAGGAGCUGGAGGUGGGCAAGAAACGGCUCGAGCAUCACAUCGGUGAAGGGAACAUCGUAACUGCAGCCGCUGCCGCCCUGGCCUCGGCCGCUACUAAAGCCAAGCAUUUGGCUGCCGUGGAGGAACGGAAAAUCAAGUCACUGGUGGCACUCCUGGUAGAGACUCAGAUGAAAAAACUGGAGAUUAAACUUCGGCACUUUGAGGAACUGGAAACCAUUAUGGACCGUGAACGGGAAGCGCUGGAGCAGCAGAGGCAGCAGUUACUGACGGAGCGCCAGGCCUUCCACAUGGAGCAGCUGAAGUACGCAGAGAUGAGGGCACGGCAGCAACUGGAGCAACAGCAGCAGCAGCAGCAACAGCAGCACGCACAGCCCCCCGGCCCCGGCCAGCACAUGGGGCCAAUGGGCAUGUUACAGCCAGGACCCCCGCCCCCACCCCCCUACCCCAUGAUGCAACAUCAGAUGCAGCAACAGUUAGGCCAGAUGCCGAUGAUGCCAGGACAGCCCAUGCCAGGCCGGAUGAUGCCGAACCUUCAGCCCAAUCUGCCUCCAGGAGCUGCUCCGCACCUGCCCCCGGCUGGCGUGCCGCCUGGUCACGGCAACAUGAUGGGCCCACGACCGGCAGCCGCUACCAACGGCAUGUAUCCCACUCCUCCUGUUCAGCUGGAUGGCAUCGCAGGCCCCACACCAGCACCAGUGUCCUCAGGGCCAUAGCCUGGCUCAGCCCGGCCCAGCCCAGCCCUGUGUGAAGGAGACUUGCCGAACCCAAGCCACCACUCGUGCUCUCAGCUACCUCCCUCUGACACCCACUCACUGAUGGCCUUUCCAUGUCCUAAUGUCUUGGGCUGGGUCAGGCAUUCUCAGAAGAAAGAUUCCUUGGGCAAAAUGACUAGAUUUAGAGUGUUUGCCAUUUGCCAGGGCUGUCCAUGUGGUGACUGGUCUGGCUCUCCUCUGCUCUACCUCUCUGUCUGUCUGUCAGUCUGUCUGUCGCAUCUCAGUGUAGAUGUCACACAUGUUGGAUAUUACUGGAGUUCACUUAGUAGAGUCUAUCUCUUUGCCCUGGUUAGUGUCCAGCCCCACCCCCAACACUGUCCAGCCCCGCCCUCACAAGCCAGCCCCGCCUUCAUCACUGUCCAGCUCCACCCCAACACUGUCCAGCCCCGCCCUCACAAGCCAGCCCCACCCUCAUCACUGUUCAGCCCCACCCCAACACUGUCCAGCCCCGCCCCCACAAGCCAGCCCCGCCUCAACAGUGUCCAGCAUCACCCUCAACAACCACUGUCCAGCGCCACCCUCAAACACAGUCCAUCCCUGCCCUCAAUAACCCAGCCCCGCCCCCACAUGCCAGCCGUACCCCACACAUACCACUGGCCAGUCCCGCCCUUACCCUGUGCAGCCCCGCCCUCACCCCAUCCGGCCCUGCCGCCCUCACCUCGUCCGGCUCCGCCCAUAUCAGAGCAGUUGGCACAGGGAGUAGAGACUGUGGUGGUGUUUGUGUCACAAAUACAGUCACUACACUUUACAGUGACCUGAAAUUGGGGGGGCGGAUGGCUGGGAGCUACAGGGCAAGUUCCAGUGGGUUCCUCCCACUCCCCAGGGUAAGCAGCGGCAAGUCACUGGGCAAAGCCGAGUUGGUCCUCAGUACAAUGACUGAGAUAUCAGACUCUGAUCCAACCCCACAGUAACUAACCCGUCUGUGCCCAUCUCAUGGACCUCCAUCACCGGUCUGUCACACACUGCAAUGGAGGGGUGUAAGCCCUGAGUCCGGCUCACGUGCUGCCACAUACACACACACACAGUAUGGAGGGGCAUUGGGACAGUUGGUUUCCAUCACCUGUCGGUCAAAGGGAUACAGUCACCAUCAGCAGGACUGCGUUAGUGUUCAGUUCAAGGUCAGGCUUUUUCUCUCACCCGCUCCCUGGAUUACAGCCGAAAGCGUGUGUUCCCUCCAGACAAGGCCCCCACCCUCUCUCUGACUGAGCUCAAGCAGCAGCCUCCCACCCCUCCAUCACUCCUCAAACUUGGACUGACCUCUAGCCAUUGGGUCUCAGUGAGUGCGAGUUACACCUGGCUCGUGUUUCAGAGCUUUGUGUCGUGCUCCCACUCUCCCUCCCUCCCUUCGUCGCUCCUGCUGAGCUGGAUCAGGAGGAGACAGCAGUGAGCAGCACCAUGGCUUGCUGUGAGCGUGACUGUGUGCGUGUGGCUGUGGUUUGUGUUUGGUGGGGGGGGGGGGGCGAGGGGGCUGCACACUCGAGUACAGAGAGGGCUUCCUUUACCAAAUGUGGUCAGGUGCUGAAUGGCAAGUGGCCGGUUACCCAGUGGGCUGUCAGAUCACUCGGUGUGGACCAGGAUGGAAUUGUGGAUUUAUAACAGUGAGAGUCGGUCCGUGCUGAGGGUGGGGGGGGGGCAAGGAGCGGGAGGCUGGACCUUGACUUAGUGGUGACUCUGGCCUGUAGUGUGUAUGUGUGGGGUGUGGGGGGAGAACGUGUCACUGUUGGCUCUAUCUUGGUGGAACUUGACAUUUUCAAAAUAAAAAGGCGUUUGUUUUCUUUUUA